UUUUUUUUUUUGUUUGAAAGAUUCAAUUUCCCUCUCAAAAUUCAUUCACAUUUGUUCCAAACACACACAAAAAUGGGAACAACAAAGAUCUUGGUUCUGUCCAAGAUCCUAUCUUUCUUGCUAACAACAAUGCUGAUUGGAUCCGGUUUGAUUCAGUGUACUAGUGUGACUUAUGAUAAGAAAGCAAUCAUCGUUAAUGGCCACCGUAGAAUCCUCCUCUCCGGUUCAAUUCAUUACCCAAGAAGUACCCCUGAGAUGUGGGAAGAUCUUAUAAAGAAAGCUAAAGAUGGAGGCUUGGAUGUUAUUGAUACUUAUGUUUUCUGGAAUGGUCAUGAACCUUCUCCUGGAACUUACAAUUUCGAAGGGAGAUACGAUUUGGUACGAUUCAUUNUAUGUAGAUGGGAUUAGUUUCAGAACAGACAAUGGACCCUUCAAGGCUGCAAUGCAAGGUUUCACAGAGAAGAUUGUCGAGAUGAUGAAAGAACAUAGAUUCUUUGCCUCACAAGGUGGACCCAUCAUCUUAUCUCAGAUUGAGAAUGAGUUUGGACCAGAGCUUAAAGCGCUUGGGCCGGCUGGUCACUCUUACGUCAACUGGGCUGCGAAAAUGGCUGUUGGUUUAAACACUGGAGUUCCAUGGGUGAUGUGUAAGGAAGAUGAUGCACCUGACCCAAUCAUAAAUGCUUGCAAUGGAUUCUACUGCGAUUAUUUUACUCCCAACAAGCCAUAUAAGCCAACUAUGUGGACAGAGGCAUGGAGUGGCUGGUUUUCAGAGUUUGGUGGAACCAUUCCAAAACGACCUGUAGAGGAUCUAGCAUUUGGAGUAGCCCGUUUCAUACAAAAGGGUGGAUCGUAUAUAAAUUACUACAUGUACCAUGGAGGUACAAACUUUGGACGCACAGCAGGAGGUCCGUUUAUCACCACUAGUUAUGACUAUGAUGCUCCCAUUGAUGAAUACGGGUUGGUCCAAGAACCCAAGUACAGCCAUCUUAAGCAACUUCAUCUUGCAAUUAAGCAAUGUGAAGCUGCCUUAGUUUCUUCUGAUCCACAUGUUACUAAACUAGGAAACUACGAGGAGGCUCAUGUGUUCACUGCCGGCAAAGGAAGUUGUGUAGCUUUCCUAACCAACUAUCACAUGAAUGCACCUGCUAAAGUAAUGUUCAAUAAACGGCACUAUACUCUUCCCGCAUGGUCCAUCAGCAUACUUCCAGAUUGCAGAAACGUUGUUUACAACACUGCGACGGUUGCUGCAAAGACAACACAUGUGCAAAUGGUGCCAUCUGGUUCCAUCUUGUAUUCAGUUGCUAGAUACGAUGAAAAUAUUGCUACUUAUGGAGACCGUGGGACAAUCACAGCCCGUGGAUUGUUGGAGCAGGUUAAUGUUACACGAGAUACAACUGAUUACCUGUGGUACACAACCAGUGUGGAUAUUAAGGCAUCAGAGUCAUUCUUGCGUGGAGGAAAAUGGCCGACUCUUACAGUGGAUUCUGCAGGACAUGCUGUGCAUGUGUUUGUCAAUGGACACUUGUACGGAUCUGCCUUUGGGACAAGAGAAAACAGAAAAGUUUCGUUCAGCGCACCAGUCAAUCUUCGAGGUGGAGCUAACAGAAUCGCGCUUCUGAGCGUAGCAGUUGGUUUACCGAAUGUUGGACUACACUUUGAGACCUGGGCCACUGGAAUCGUUGGGUCUGUGGUGCUUCACGGCCUUGACGAGGGUAACAAAGACUUGAGUUGGCAGAAGUGGACAUAUCAGGCUGGUCUGCAAGGGGAAGCUAUGAACUUGAUCUCUCCUACAGAAGAGUCCUCUGUUGAUUGGAUCAAAGGCUCAUUGGCUAAGCAAAACAAACAACCUUUGACAUGGUACAAGGCCUACUUUGACGCGCCUAGAGGAAACGAACCACUGGCUUUGGAUCUGAAGAGUAUGGGAAAAGGGCAAGCUUGGAUAAACGGGCAAAGCCUAGGGAGAUACUGGAUGGCUUAUGCCAAAGGAAACUGUGGGACUUGUCACUACGCUGGAACAUACAGGCAAAACAAAUGCCAAUCUGGUUGUGGCGAGCCAACACAAAGAUGGUAUCAUGUUCCGCGUUCGUGGUUGAAGCCACGAGGGAACUUGUUAGUACUCUUUGAAGAACUUGGUGGAGACGUUUCCAGAGUCUCUGUUGUGAAGAGAUCAGUAAACUAACUUUAAAGAACUUUUAUAUUGUGUGUGUGUUACUCAAAGCAUUACUCGUGCUGUGUUUAAAUUAUCCCUCUUUGUGAUCAGAAACCAAAAUUCUUCAUAGUUAUAAACAAAUGUGUAGUAGAAAUGCAUCACU